GACCCCUUUGGGCCACAGCAUUCCAGCCUUCAAACACUUCCAAACAGAGAUCAAGAAGAGGGUGCGUUUGUGCGUGUGAAAAACACAGAGAGGGAGGGAGAGAGAGUGAUGGCAACCAAGGUGGCGUCGGCGGCGCCGAGAGUGGAGAGCCUGGCAAAGAGCGGGCUGGAGGCCAUCCCGACCGAGUAUGUCCGCCCGGAGUCUGAGCGGCUCGACCUCGGGGACGCGUUCGAGGAGGAGAAGAAGGCCGAGGAGGGGGCCCAGAUCCCCGUGGUGGACCUCAAGGGGUUCGACUCAGAGGACGAGGCGGUGCGGCGGGCUUGCGUGGAGGAGGUGCAGAGGGUGGCGUCGGACUGGGGGGUGAUGCACAUCGUCAACCAUGGCAUCCCUCUGGAGCUCAUCGAGAAGGUGAGGAGGGUGGGGAAGGAGUUCUUUGAUCUGCCCAUCGAGGAGAAGGAGAAGUAUGCGAAUGACCAGUCGACGGGGAAGAUCGCCGGCUACGGGAGCAAGCUGGCGAAUAAUGAGAGCGGGAGGCUGGAGUGGGAGGACUACUUCUUUCACCUUAUCUUUCCGCAUGACAAGGCCGAUAAGUCCGUUUGGCCCAAGCACCCUGCCGACUACGUUGAGGUAAUGAAGGAGUUCGCCGAACGGCUUAGGGGGGUUGUGUCCAAGAUGCUGGUAAUGCUCUCCCUGGGUCUGGGACUGGAAGAGGGGAAGCUAGAGAAGGAACUGGGAGGCAUGGAGGACCUCCUGCUCCAGAUGAAGAUCAACUACUACCCCAAGUGCCCUCAGCCUGACCUCGCCCUGGGUGUGGAGGCCCACACCGAUGUGAGCUCCCUCUCCUUCAUCCUCCACAACAUGGUGCCCGGUCUGCAGGUCUACAAAGACAGCAAGUGGGUCACCGCCAAGUGCGUCCCCGACUCCAUGAUCGUCCACAUCGGCGACACCCUCGAGAUCCUCAGCAAUGGCACCUACAAGAGCAUCCUCCACCGGGGCCUCGUCAACAAGGAGAAGGUCCGGAUCUCUUGGGCGGUCUUCUGCGAGCCUCCCAAGGAGAAGAUCGUUCUCAAGCCACUUCCGGAGCUCGUCACCGACAAGACGCCCCCCAAGUUCCCCCCUCGCACCUUCGCUCAGCACCUCCAGUACAAGCUCUUCAAGAAGACUCAGGAGGACUUCGUUUCUCCUAAGUGAGACUGCACUGUGAUCUUUUCUCCGAAGUCCAAGGUCUAGCCGUUGGGGUCGAUCGGUUUUUUACCUUCCAGUGAUUUUGAGUUACGUCAAUGUGUGCCGCCGUGAUAGUCCUUGCGUAAUUCCUUAUGUAUGAAGCUUGCUUGAUGUCGUGGUCUAUAUGUUUUGGAUCUUUUGUAACGAAUAAAAUAAUCGACACCUAAAGUUAUCAUUAAAAAAAUG